AUGAUAAAAAAAAUAUUAUUCAAUUCAUAAUUGUAUAAAUUUUGUGUUCAUCAAAAAAUAUACAAACCUAAAUCAAAGAAAGGACUCAAUUUAUUAUUAUUCCUAUUCAGUUUGGGAUUUAUAAAUCAAUACACUAAAUAUAGAGACUACAUGUCUAACAUAUUUUUAAGCUAACAAGAGGUAGCUGACUUUCACAAAAAUAAACAAUUACAAGUUGACAAAAAAACAUUAAGAUAUCAUGAAAUCAAUAUCAAAAGAAAUAAGGAUACAGAAACUGCGGUAAUUAUAGGAGGAGGCAUAGUAGGGUUAAGCCAAGCAUUAAAAUUAUUGUAAAAGGGUUAUUCUGUCAUCUUGAUUGAAAAGGAAUAAUUCAUUUCAACUAAAUGUAGCGCUUUUAAUGGAAAUAUCUACAAUCCCUACUUAUUCAAUCCAUUAAUAUCUAAAUAUUCAAUUAAAACCAUGUUGAAUAACUAUAUCAACCCUACUGACACAGCAACAUAAAGGUUCAGUUUUAAUAGCCUUUUAGAACCUGGGGGGAUAAUUUGGCUGAUCAACGCAUUAAGGUUGAGUACAUCUGAUGAACAAUUUGAUAAGUCAAUUUAAGAUAUGACUAAGUUGGGGCAGAUUUAAGAAUAAGAAUUUGAAAAAAUCAAAAAAAUGGGUUUGCUUGAAAAACAAUUAACUGCUGAAGGAGAAUUGAGUUUUUAUAAAUCUGCAGAAUACGGGAAACGAAUAAGUUAAUCAUUUGAAAAUGCAGGAAUUGAAUUUAAAGAAGUUGAUAAAACUAAAUUUAAUUAGCAUGAUAUAGAUAGGCAUUUAUUUCAAAAUUAUCCUUAUGUUAUUAAAUUAGAUAAGGAAAAUAACUUAGACACUAAAUAAUUAUCAAUAAACACCUUGAAAUAUUGUUAAAAGCAUUACCCAAAUAAAUUUAAUAUUCUUUACGGAACAGACUUUAAAGAAUUCAUAAUGAAUAAUAAUAGAUAUGUGUUAGGAAUAAAUACAAACAAAGGUGUAAUAUAUGGAGAUGCAUUUAUCAUUUGUGCUGGAUUGCAUAGCAAAUACAUAACUAAGAAAUUGGGAGUAACCUUGCCCAUAAUGCCUUGUAGAGGAUGGAUUAUUGAAUCUGAAUUGCCUUAGUCUGCAAAGGGAUCUGUCUUAGAUAAGAUGGUACUGAAAUUACCUACCUUAUCUGUCACAAAUCUUAAUAAUAAGUUGAGGAUUUCAGGUUGUUAAUUGAUAGAUUAAGAAUAUAAAUCAGAUGAUCCUUUGAAUGAAUGGGGAGCCUAGAUUCUGAUAAAAUAGAUGAAAGAGCAAUUUAAUAUUGACUUGGAUAGGCAGAGCAUUUCAGUGAGAGAUUGCUGCAGACCCUUGACUCCAGAUGAUAAAAUUAUACUUAGUAAAUUGUAGUUGAAUAGAAAUGUUUACGUAAAUGCAGGACAUGGCUCUAGAGGAAUGAGUCAAUGUCAUGGUUGUGCUGAAGUCAUUUAUUAACUAAUGAAGGGCUAAUAAAAUAAAGAGGAUUAUUCAGCCUUUGAUUUAACAAGGUUUUUAUUUGUUUGA